AACCGCAUACCGAUAGUCGUUCACGAUUUUUUGUAACCCUAUAAUAUAAAAAUAGCUUCGAGUGCAAAAAAACGGAAUUUAUGGGAAUAAAAUAAAUAAAUACUAGUUGAUUCGUGUAAGAAACUGUGCUUGCCAGCACCAGAAAUACGCAAAAUGUCCAAGUCAAACGCAGCACGCUGGGUAAAAUUCUUCAAUGCGGCCGGCAUCCCAUCUCCUGCGGCCGCCGGCUAUGCCCAUGUCUUCGUGGAAAACCGCAUCCAGGACGACAUGUUGUUGGAUCUUAACAAGGAGUAUCUCCGGGAAAUGGGCAUCACAUUGAUGGGCGAUAUAAUUGCCAUCCUGCGGCAUUCAAAGACCGUCUGCGAACAGAAUGCCCGGGAACAGGUCCUCACCACGGAGGUGGUUCAAUCAGUUGUCCGACCGGUAUCGCCAAAAACCAAAGCGCCGGUUGCAACUCCAAAAGCAAAGGUUAAUCCGCCUGCGAAACCGGCAAGACGGGUGCUUCCGGAGCACGAGGGCAAGUACAAGGUGACACUGCCCUCGGGAACCACCGAGCGCAGCAAACAGAUCUUGGCCAAGCGGGAAAAGUUAUACUCCGAUCGUGUGAGCAGCUCCAAAAAGUCGGACAUAUUUACGCGCCUGCAUGCCGAGGACGAGGCGCAGGAGGGCAUUGUCUCCAGUUCCGGCGAGAGCACCGUCCGCGUGCACGUCGCCGGCGUAUCAAAAACAGUGGCCACCUCCAGCAACCAUUCGGUCUUCGCUCGACUCGGUGGCAAACAGGGCGCUCUUUCGGAGGAGUUCACUUCGACCAGGGAAAUCAAAUCGAUUCUUAAAAACACACACCGUACAGUUGGAGGAGGUGGAGGAGGGGUCACCAUGAACUCGCCCAUUGUAAAGGCGAAGAAGGUGGCCGCUUUGCCGCAGCAAAAGGUCAUGCUCGUUCACAAAGUGCCUUUAAAAAAAGGCGACGAUGACGACGAUAGCAUGGACGAUCUCGAAAGUGACGAAGACGAUUACAUGUCCAGCGGAGAAGAUUUCGAUAUGGGAGCCGGUGAAAAGAUUGUAAAGUUCGCCUCCACAGCAGAGGUUCGGGAAAUCGUUCCCGAAGCGGCAUACAAAAAUAGGCAAGGCAAAAGUUUUGCGAAUAACAUUAAAUCGAGGCUCGGAAUGGUAUCCAAACUUCAUGCCACAAAGAAGACCUACAACCUAAAGGCAUCGCCUGCAAGGAAACCACAGGCUCGUCUCAGUCCUGUUAAGGGCAAAACCAUACGCAUGCGCAGCGACGAGCUGUUUAGCCGACAGGACACGAUGCCCGUCCACAGGAGGCUUGGAAAAACCGCCACAUCCGCUCCCCUCAGAGCUCCACCAGCUCCGCCACAUCGACAGCAGCGACCGGAGCCGCAGAAGAAAUAUGUUCCGCCAAGGCGCCAUAAUAGCAUGAAUGCUGGUCACAGCAGGCAGCGAGAUCAAUCUGGCUCUGUUUUUGACCGCCUUGGCUUCAAUAACUCUAUGUAAAGUUUAAGUAAUGUGAGCCUAAUUAAAUUUGCCAGUACAUGUUUGAAUUCAUA